AUGGCAAAACGCAAAGGAUCUUUUGGUGAAGUAUUUAAAGGGUUUGAUAAGAGGACUAAAAUACCUGUAGCUAUCAAGAUCAUAGAUCUUGAACAUGCUGAAGAUGAGAUUGAAGAUAUUCAACAAGAAAUAGCUAUUCUUUCACAAUUGGAUUCGCAUUAUGUGACUAGAUAUUAUGGUUCAUACCUUAAAGGGUCCCAUUUAUGGAUUGUCAUGGAAUAUUGUUCAGGAGGGUCUUGUUCUGAUUUAAUGAAGCCUGGUGUUUUUAGAGAAGAAUACAUAGCAAUUAUAUUACGAGAAUUAUUAAAAGGAUUGGACUAUCUGCAUGCUGAACACAAACUUCACAGAGUGAAGCUGGCGGAUUUUGGUGUUUCUGGACAGAUUACAGCAACUAUAACGAAAAAGAAUACUUUUGUUGGAACACCGUUUUGGAUGGCGCCAGAAGUCAUUAAACAAUCAGGAUAUGACUUUAAAGCAGAUAUCUGGUCUUUGGGGAUAACUGCUAUCGAACUUGCUAAAGGUGAACCUCCUUAUUCGGAUCUUCAUCCGAUGAAAGUUCUUUUUCUUAUCCCUAAAAAUCCACCACCAUGCUUGGAUGGAGUAUAUUCUAAAUCAUUCAAGGAAUUCAUUUCACAAUGCUUGGAAAAAGAUCCUACUAAACGACCAUCGGCAAAAGAACUGCUUAAGCACAAAUUUGUCAGGAAUGCAAAGAAAACAUCAUAUUUAACAGAGUUAAUUGAACGACAUCAAAGGUGGCUGGCAGAAGGAGGUGGUCAACAAGAUUCUGAUGAAUCAGACCAUUCUGAGAACGGUGGUGAUGAUGGGGAUGAUACGGCUUGGGAAUUUCCGAGGCCAAUUUCUCCUUCAUCGGAUGAUGAUGGUGAGGGUUCAGAAGACAAUGCAACGAUUGGACCGGCCAAAGGAAAACAUGCGAUGGCGAUGAAGUCUAGUGGAUCCGAUUAUGAUACAGUCAAACAUGUCGAUAUGUCAAAGGUCGAAGAUAUCUAUUCAAAUGACACUGAAGAACCUGUAGGACCUGUAACUGGACCAGCAGUUUUCAAUAAAGUCAUCGUACCUUCAAUAGACAAAUUGCGUAUGAAUGCACCAUCCCAAAAGUCCCAACUCACAUUGGAUGCCUUGAAAAAAGCUUUCGAGGAUGCUGAAUUGGAAAAUCCUGGUAUAUCUGAAACACUCAUGCACACUGUUUUUCAAAAAUUCGAUGAG